AUGGCACACGUCACGGAGAUAUAUACCGUCAAAACCCCAGACUCAGCAACCUUUCCACCCGGCACAAUUGAAAAGAACAACAUCCUCAUGUCCAAGGAAGAGAGCACGUCGGACUUGACGACCAAGGAGUCGCACCGCGAGGAUGUCGCCGAUCCGAGGAACAGCGUCAUCCCGCCCGGCAACGGUCCGGUACCACCCGAGCUGGCCUGGACCCGCGUCCGGACCAUCUGGCAGGAUGCCUUUUCAGAGUUCAUCGGCACCAUGGUGCUGAUCCUGUUUGGCGACGGCGUCGUUGCGCAGGUCGUGCUGAGCAGGGGAACCAAGGGUGAAUAUCAGAGCAUAUCAUGGGGAUGGGGCAUCGGCGUCAUGUUCGGCGUCUACUGCUCCAUGAAAUCCGGCGGACACAUCAACCCCGCCGUGACCUUUGCCAACUGCGUAUACCGCAAGUUCCCCUGGCGACGCUUCCCAAUCUACGCCAUCGCCCAGAUCCUAGGCGCCAUGGUCGGUGCCGCCAUCGUGUACGGCAACUACAAGGCGGCGUUUGACUAUUUCGAAGGCGGCGUCGGCGUGCGGACCGUCAUUGGCGAAAACGCCUCAGCCGGCGUCUUUUGCACGUACCCUGCCCCCUUCAUGACCCGCACCGGCAUGUUCUUCUCCGAGGUCGUGGCCAGCACCAUCCUGAUGCUAGUCAUCUACGCCCUCGUCGACAACGACGCUGGCCACCUCAUGCCGCUCGCCCUCUUCUUCCUCAUCUUUGGCAUCGGAGCCUGCUUCGGCUGGGAGACGGGCUACGCCAUCAACUUAGCCCGCGACUUUGGGCCGAGGUUGGUGUCGUACAUGCUUGGGUAUGGCAGCGAGGUGUGGUCUGCAGGGGGAUACUACUUUUGGUAG